CAACAAUACAUCUUACGGAAAAGCUUCUUAUCUGGCAACCCACCGGCCUUCGAACGACCGAGCCUCCAUCCUGGCACUUACCUUCAUCCUGGUAACUCACAAGUCCCCGGACCAAAAACAGGAACAUCAUUUGAAUGUGUGCCGAGCGGUAAAAUUGCUUCCCUUACUGGUAUUUACGGCACAAACCAGCAGCAACUGUGGCGUAUUGAUCACCAGGUGAACGAUGAGCUCAGCGGCGGAGGAUGACGAGGCUGCAGCGUUAGAAGCCGUCAAGUCCGUCACACUCACUCAGGACAACGAUGGAAGCAUCAUCCUGCACUGUCCUACCAAUGACGAGGACUCGGAGCCCCUUCAGAAGAAACUGCGUCUCUCUGCAGAUGAACAGGAAGACUCGGUCACGCCUCAGUUCUCCGUGGUCACCUUACCGAUGUCGGAGAGCGACGAAGGCUUCGAGGUGACGAUGACGGCCACGGCAGAUGCUGAGCUCUCUGAGGAGGGAGUCGCUCAGAUUCAGAUUCUGCAGGAGGAUGAGGACUCUUCCUCGUCCAGCCAGAAGACUGAGGUGUCUCCUGUCAGUCAGGCCUGGUUCACUACCAAAGAAGACAAAGACACACUGGCUAACAAAGGUCACAAGUGGAAGCAGGGCAUGUGGUCUAAAGAGGAGAUCGACAUUCUGAUCAGCAACAUCGAUCGAUACGUGAAGGGCCGAGGCAUCGACGACCCAGCAGAGAUCAUUUUUGAGAUGUCCAAAGAGGAGAGGAAGGAUUUCUACCGCUCAGUGGCUUUGGGCUUAAACAGGCCGCUGUUCGCCGUCUACAGACGAGUCCUGCGAAUGUACGACAACCGAAACCACGUCGGCAAGUACACUGCUGAGGAGAUAGAGAAGCUAAAAACGCUGAGGGAGAAGCACGGGAACGACUGGGCGACCAUCGGAGCAGCUCUGGGUCGCAGUGCGUCUUCUGUCAAAGACCGCUGCCGUCUCAUGAAGGACACGUGCAACACAGGUAAAUGGAGUGAGGAGGAGGAGAGGCGCCUCGCUGAGGUCGUGUACGAGAUGGCGGGCGUGACGCCGGGGUCGGCGGUCACAGGAGGCGUUUCCUGGGCGACGGUCGCCGAUCAGGUUCGCACGCGCUCGGAGAAACAGUGUCGGUCGAAAUGGUUGAACUACCUGAACUGGAAGCACAGCGGAGGAACAGAGUGGAUGAAGGAGGACGAUCUCAACCUCAUACGCAGGAUAUCAGAGCUGGAAGUGGAGGAUGAGAAUGAAAUCAAGUGGGAGGAUCUGGCAGGCGGGUGGAGCAGCGUCAGAUCACCUCAGUGGCUGCGAUCCAAGUGGUGGAGCAUCAAGAGACAAGUCGCCAAUCACAAGGAGAUCCCCUUUAGUGUCCUCCUGAAGGGUCUCCAGGAGCUCAUGACAUCCUCACAGACUUCCUCUGGACCAGGAAGUCCCUCGUCCUCCUCAUCCUCCUCGCUCCAGAUUCGACUCACCCGACUGGAGGAGGGCGGCGGCGGUGGCGGCAGUAGCCCCGCCCCCAGCUCUGUGGCUGCGCUGCAGAUUCCCGUGCAGAUCCCGUUGCAGAUCACACACCUGGCCUCAGAUGCUUCAGCAGCAGCCAGCGACAGUGAAACCAUCACCCUGAACGCCGGAGCCCUGCAGACCUUCGAGAUCCUGCCUUCCUUCCACCUGCAGCCCACCGGCACCCCGGGAACCUACUACCUCCAGACCACGUCCAGUCAGGGCCUGCCGCUCGGCCUCUCCGCCAGUCAGGGCCUUCCGCUUAGUUUAGCCAGUAACAGCACGGUUACCCUGACGACAGGCUCCUCCCCCUCAUCGCACGAACACAUCAUCCUCCACAGCCUGUCGGCGGACGGCCUCUGCUCCGGAGAUGGUGUCAUCAUCCAGACGGUCACCUCUGAUCCCGCCUCCUCAGACCCUCUCGGCCAGUCACAGCUGGUCGUGGAGGGACAGGGCGAGGACGACGGCCUCGAAGCCACGAGUCUCCUGGAGAGCUCAGAGAGUGUUGUCACGGAAACUCAGGAGCCAAUCACAGAUGGUUUCACAGACAAGGAGCUGAGUUCCCCCUCUGUUGAUGGUCCAGUGGUGCAUUCUGGGAUAACGCCUGGCAGCGCCGUGCUCAUUGUGUCUCCUCCCAACAUCAGCAGCACACUGACAGAUCCCAUCUUAGAGAACCAGGAAGGCUCCGACUGAGCUGGACCUCCAUAGUGGCAGGAUGGACUACAGGUGUAGGCCACUUCCUGUCUCUCUCUCGUCUUCUGUGGCCAUCACCCUUGGGAAGAUGAAGCUGCUGCAGCACCAGCCUGCUCGGACUCCGUGUGAUUGUUAUUGAAACAGAACGUUUGAAAGCUGUGUGAAGCUGAAUGUGUUCAGACCUUCACACUGAACCCCUGGAUGAAAUGUGAACGCAGCACUGCCAUCAGCACGUCCUCACAGCCUCUGCAGUGCCAAAGAGACUCUAAAGGCUGCGACGGAUGUGAACCCACCGUCUCUUCUUACACAUGUAUGUAUUUAUGUCAACAUGUCAUGGAUCUUUUGUCAUGCCUCUUGUAAUUAUAAAAAUAAACUAUUUCCAGCUGUU